AUGUCUGCUAGGCGCUUCUGUGGACACUUUGAGGGAAUAGUUUGGCCUAAAGUUCAACUUGGUGGCUCUCGGAAAAUCAUCGCUGAUUUUGAGCAACUAGGCUUGCAACCAGGGACGAAAAACUCAUCGGAUGCCAUAUUUUUCGACUUCUCAAAAGCAUUUGAUAGGGUCCCACACGUCCCGCUGCUCCACAAACUCGAGUCUUACGGGAUUCAAGGGAAAAUCCUUCGCUGGAUCAAGGCGUUCCUAUCAGACAGAUCAUUCCGAGUGAGAAUAGGCUCGACCUACUCCUCUCCAGCGCCGGUCUCCAUUGGAGUUCCUCAAGGCUCCGUCUUGGGACCACUCCUGUUUCUGAUCUACGUCAACGACCUCCCAGACGUUCUUGCGAGUCCAUGUUUACUUUUUGCGGACGACUUGAAAUCCUGGAGUUCCAAUGCCAGUGCCCUCCAAAUGGAUGUAGACGCUGCCAAGCAGUGGUUGUUGGACUGGCACCUUCCUCUGAAUGAUGAAAAGUGCGUAUAUGUGUCGUUUGGAGGGGAUUCAGUGAAUGCCUUUGUCAUGCAUGGUGAAAAGGGACCAGAAAACAUCAUGAGGAUAGAUGCCAAAAAAGAUUUAGGCAUCUGGGUCUCCUCAAACUUGUCCUUCGCACUACACCAUGAGAAAUCGGCCCAAAAGGCAUUCGCCGUUUUACGGAUGAUCCGACGUACCUUCUCCCGUAUUACUCGCAUGGACUUCCAAAUACUCUAUGGGGCCUACGUCAGACCGCUCCUGGAGUACGCCAACCAAGUUGUCUACUCAGGACGCACGAAAGACUUUACCCUCAUUGAGCGUGUCCAGCGGGCCGCCACUAGACUGGUUGCCGGCCUCAAAUCCGUGGACUACGAAACGCGUCUCGCGAUGCUUGAUCUCUUUCCGCUGGAGUACCGUCGCCUCCGAGGGGACUCAAUUCUUACUUAUGCCCUGUUUGAACAAAGCUUGGCAAACAGGUUUUUCACCGGUGACCCAGCAAAUACACGGCGGGAACAUAGUGAACGACGGCCACUGACCGGCAAGAACAAAACCGACCCGGGAAAAUUGGGCAAAAGCCUCGAUCCUGCGUAUCAGUCCAUGGUGCAAUCUGGGGACUCUCUUCGUACGCAUCCCAGUGCUCCUCCCUUGGAGACACAAGGAUUUACGGUAGUGGGUUUCCUAAGGCCUCGGUACCGCACCGUUCUGCGUUGUCAUAGAAAGAGACCGCAUUUACUGCGAUUUUCAGGCAACCUAAGCCUGUUGAGUUGCUUCGCAAUCUCACUAUGCAUCGCUGCCUGCAUGUACAAAUGGGUUGAUGAAAUUUGUGACAGUGUACCGGUGAAUGAAGAUGUAAAUCACAAGUGGUCUGCCAAAGAUCGCCUCAGCCUCGCAAAAGUGAAAGCCAUCCUUGAGCAACGUGGUGUUUUUGCCGAGCAACCAGUGGAACGUGAUGAGCUGUAUGCUUUGCUGACGGUCACCGGCGAGGUCACAUCAGAAGAGCUGAUCGCAGCAGACAAGCUUCGUGAGAAAUUCAAGGACUUCAAAGCUUCUCAAUCUCCGGAUGCUCUUCUGCACCAAAAAGUAGUAUCUUCUUGUUGGGACCCGUACACGGACUCGGAUAGAACUGGUGUGGAGAGCAUUGUUUUCGACAGUGAAUCUGCAUUUGUGGAACGUGUCGAUGACAACAAGGACAGUGUCUGGCUUCUGGCAGUGGUGGCCAAUGGUGUGAACGGCGCCAAGGGGUCUGGUGUCGAAACAGCGCAUACCGAUUCUGCUAUCACCAGCGAGGUUUGGGGACACCUGGUCCAUACCUACUCGCCGUUUGGUUUCAAGUUGGGUCUCAUUGAUUGUCAUCGUCUUCGUAGCCUCUGUCAUGACCGUGGUUUCGUCGCUGCAGACCUCGUCCUUGCGCUUCCAAAAGGAGGAGAUCGUAUCAAAGAUUCUUUACAAUUCCGCCCCUAUCCAAGGCAAUCAGUUCAUACUGAUGCGUCGAAAUCCGCAUUUCCCACCAGCCAGGUUGUUCGUCAUAUUCGCAGGUGGCUCAGCUCUGUGCUUUCUGAGCGGUUGCACCGCAUCUCUUCCGUUGAUGAUAUCCUACCACUCACGUUUCAGCUGGUUGGAUCUGAAAAGCAGCCAAAAAUAUUGCGAUCUAGUUGGAUGUCAUGGCUGCGUCGGCGACCACAACCGGUUCAGGUCAUCUGGGUGAAAAAUAUGUCCUCAGUCAAGCAUCCUCUUAAGACGUCCAAGGUUUGGGAGGAUCACUUAUAUCCACCGAUGGUGCUCUCUGCUCUAUCAGUUCCCUAUACCGGUCGUGUUCGAUUUUCAGUACUCACUAUUUCAACAGACUCCAAACCGGACUCCAAACCUGUACCCAAAUCUACCCGUAUGCGAUCUACACAACGCCAUUCAAUCGAGCCCAUUAUAGAACUACUCGAUGCAUUCGGUUGUUCGAAAAGCGCGUCGUUUCACAUUUUAACACCUGAGGGUCACUGUAUUCCGUUUGGUUUCAAAAGAGGCGAAUUCCUUAGCUAUUCCAAUCUCGAGCUCCAAUUACGCUUUCUGUAUCCCUCUGCAGACGACUUCCUUCUUCUACUGGCUAUUUUGGUUAAUCUGCUGGUUAUUUUAAACUCUGCUGUUGAAGCAGGUAAAUGGUUGGCAUGUUUGGCACGCUACUCUAUGGGUGUGUCGAGCCCAUUGCCUAGUACCCAGGCCACUGGUCGACUACGCAUGGCACAGUCCAUAGUUCGGCUAGCUCGCCGAGGAUGGACGUCCCAUGUGGUACCACAGGUACGUGAAGAACAAAUGGAAUACCUUGAUGAAUCGACUGCCCCAACUCCUUCGGUUCAGCGAACUGUGCUUUGGAAACGGCUUAUUGCUUGCGUACAAAACAGCUUUAUGGAUUUUAUAUCAUCAAACUUCUUACUCUUAAUUGCCGUCUUACCUCUCAUCAACUUGCUCAGCCUUCCUCAAGCGGCAUUCGUUGUGAAUUCAUCGUUGUGGUUGCUGCGCCGUUUGGUCACCUCUUCGCUUAUCAUUCUACUCCGACUUUCUAUUGCCGCGGGACAUGUGACGUUAUUCCGAUUGGCUCUCUUGACCGUGAUUUUCUGCACUUUCCUGAGCGGUUUAGUGGCUCAUGUUUAUCUGAUUGUCUGGUCGGGUUCAGCCGAAGCCUCUGGUGUUGGGGGUCANGUGGCUCAUGUUUAUCUGAUUGUCUGGUCGGGUUCAGCAGAAGCCUCUGGUGUUAGGGGUCACCGUCGCUCGGCCUCAGUCCGUCUACUUCAUCGCAUACGUGAGACAUCUCCUCAUGAAUUCUUAAAUGAGCUGAGUCGUUUGUUACUGGCUGCUUCGGACGUUGAAGGUCAAACAGAGCCGACGAGCUCCAGUGCUUCUAGCAGUGCGACUACGGAUGCUGAUUUGGCCAUCACUGGUGAUAGACGGAAUGUUCGCUCGAGACUGCUGUCAAACACACGUGUCCAUAGAGGGGAUGGUCUGGAUCAGACUCGUCUUCUAAACCAGCUCACUCGUCUUCACAGGCUCCUUAACAGCGAGGAUAGUGUGGUACAUUCGCUUAUCGGUCCUCCGGUCACUCCGGAACUGGUUGACACAGAUGACGCGGGCCGGACGACAUUUGUGCCAUUGGCUGCACCGGCACACAUUUACACCUGGCAGUGUUCAAAGUCAUCCCAUUUUUCGGUCACGACCGACGAAACUUCUUUACCCUCUACCAACCUACCCAAUGUACGACUGUGUAAAGCAGAUAGUGUUUUGCGAAGCGAACUGAAUAACCCAUUUCAAGAGAGCACAUCAGAAGAAAACACCCGCUUAAUUUUCGGUUUGGAUGCAGAGUAUGAAGCUGAGGACGAAGCGGAUGAGCACGAGAAUACCGCGCACCAACGCUCCUUCGUCUACAGGCGCCCUCGCCUUCGUAGACCUCGUCUACCUCUGAGACCAGAUCGCCAGUCACACACCUCAACAGCCUCUGAGAGCAGCGAAGUAGAUAGGGUUGCUGAUGGGGUGGAAGAUGCAGAUGUCACUCCUGCAAACCUGUGUACCAACUGGCCUCCUUGGGUCAUUCCGUGUGAAUCUUGCGUGAUCUGUUGGCGGAAAUUUCGCCUUCACGUUCGACUUGGUGCACUGCCCUGUGGACAUGGUUUCCACGAAGCAUGUAUCCGACGCUGGUUGGAUACAGGAGCAUUGGACUGCCCAGUGUGUCGUUGGCCAGCGCAUGCUCCCCACUUGAGACAACAGCGCCAAAUGCUUGGUCAGCUGCUGACCGCUGUUCAUACUAGUUUGAACGCGACGCGUCAGCGGAACUCAAUCGAGAGUAGCUAGUCUCCUCUUUCGUUGGCGCCACUGCCAGCUUUUCCUUUCAUUGUCAUUGUUCAGUAACAGAAUUAUGCACAAACUGUACAAAGGUUUUUCCCCUAUAUUAACUGGUUUUCUUUGAUUUUCCCCUUAGUCUCGUUAACUUUUUGGAUGAUAAAGUUUAAA